AUGGGCGGCCAACUCUCCAAGAUGAUGGGCAAGAUCUUCGGAUCCAAGGAGAUGCGACUCCUGAUGCUGGGCCUCGACGCCGCCGGAAAGACCACCAUCCUGUACAAGCUCAAGCUCGGACAGGAUGUUACGACUAUUCCUACUGUUGGCUUCAACGUCGAGACGGUGACGUACAAGAAUGUCAAGUUCAACGUCUGGGACGUCGGUGGUCAGGACAAGAUUCGACCUCUGUGGAGGCACUACUUUAGCGGUACUCAGGGUUUGAUCUUUGUCAUUGACUCUUCUGAUCGGAACCGUAUGGAUGAGGCGAGACAAGAACUGCAUCGCAUCAUCAACGAUCGCGAGAUGAAGGACAGUCUACUACUCGUCUUUGCCAACAAGCAAGAUCUGGCAGAAGCCAUGAAACCUCAAGAAGUCACCGACGCCCUCCAGCUCACCAAGCUCAAGGACAAGGUCUGGUACGUGGUGCCCAGUUGCGCCACCACGGGAGAGGGUCUCCUCGAGGGUCUGGCUUGGCUUUCCAACAAUGUCAAGGCUCCUCCUGCCCCUGCCAAGAAGUAG